GCAAGGUUUGUAAGUUAAAUAAGUCUUUAUAUGGUCUUAAACAAGAUCCAAAGCAAUGACAUUAAAAGUUUGAUAACUUGAUUAUAUCGAAUGUAUUUAAAGUGGAUGAAAGUGACAAAUAUAUUCAUCACAAAUCUGAAAAUAACAUUUGCACAUCUUAUGUCUCUAUGUCCAUGACUUACUAAUAUUUGACUCAAACAUGCAAGUUGUGAAAUCAUUGUGUAACAGCUUUGAUAGGAAAACGAAGUAGUUGUGACUUUUCUGAGCAAUGGUAGUAUCUUCUUGGCAUGAGCAGCGCCUCAAUACAGUAGAAUUCCUCAUCAAAUCUGCUCAACACCUCCAAGUUUCCCCCAUUGUUAAGUACUCCGCAUUCUCCUUCUUCGCCGAUCGCUUCUUUUCUUCAUUACCAACUUUCAUACAACGUGGGAGUUCAUCAAGCUGGCUACUGAAACCUGUUACUGAAAGUACCUUGCAGCUGUUUGUGCUUAUUUCUCUAUGGAUUUCAACCAAAAUACAUGAUUUGAAACCACUCUCUGUUGCAAGUUUAAAGGCUUUGGCAGAUAAAUCCAUCAAGGAACAACACUUUACAAAUCGGAAUUUUCUAGAAGCAGAGGUGCUCUUCAUGCAGGUGCUGAACUUUGAGAUUGGGACAACAAAUAUUGUCUUUUCAAUCCUUGAAGAGCUUUGGAUUCAAAUCAAGGGAGUGGCAAAAGUUGGUGAAUUGAUUAACUUUGAAGCUUGCAUGGAAAUCAUGGAUCUUCUCUAUGAAAAGGAAAAGACAACGUUUCUUUAUAGGUCGCCUCGCUCCCUUGCUGCAUCAAUCUUGGUUGUGUCAUAUGUAAUGACGGUCCCUAAACAGAGAUGGGAGUUCCCAGUUCUUGCAUGGGUAAAUUUUGCGGCAUCGUGUAAGGAAGAAGAUAUCAUAAAAAUGGUGACAGAGAUUCUCAAUCAUGUGCUUGAACCUUCUUGAGAUAUCAGAUAUAGGUGUAACAAGGAUUUGGAACCAAUAUGUUGUCGUUUUACUGCUGAAAUGACCGAUACAAUUUUCAAUCUAGUACUGGGAAGAUAAAAUUGACAAACAAGACUCAAUUGAUUAGAUUGGUUGCAAACUGAAAUAUUCUUGCUUCUUGAAGGCAAGCUGACUGUGCAUCAGAACAUUGCUUUUGGUAAAUUGUCAUUCCAAUGUUUGUUUUCAGCGUGCUUGUCAUGGACAAUUUUUUUACAAAAUAUCAAAGAAGAAACCUGGUUUUAAAUACAGUUUGGAAACUGGUUUGACAUAACCAAACAGGAAGACAUCUGGUUCGGUUUUGAAAUGCAAUCCUUAUUAUUUAGUUUCAAUUUGGAUAUAGUUUGAUUCAGUGAAUAUCCAGUUUAUGUACACGUAAACUUCUAAUUGCAAUCUGCUGGAUCUUAUUCCUGAGGUUGUUUGUGAAGGGCGCAUAUCAUCUCAUGAAAAUAAUUUAAUGAAGUAUUGCAUAACCAUACUCUAAUUUAAUGAAAAUAAUUUUAUUCUUUUGGUAUACAUUACAACAUACUCUAUUUAUUCAGUUACUAGACAUUCUUUCUUUCUGAGCUUCUGGCCUUCUGGUUUCUAGAUAUUUGAGCACCCUUUCAAAGUGAAGUAUAAUGCCAUAAUGUGCAGCAAGCACCUAUGAAGCACGGAUACGGACACGACACAGACACGGACACGCCGACACAGCUAAUAAUUUGAAAAAUCACAUAAUUUAGUGUAAUUACAAGUGUCCGUCAACACGUGUCCGUGCUUCCUAGGCGAGCACAAUAUAUUGAAAAUACGACUUCUGGGUUUCUUUUAUUUCUUGCUUUAUCCCUACUAUUUGGUUGCAGGAUUAGGGUGAUAUCUUGAAUGAGCUGAAUCAUCAUAUUCUUAGUUUGGAUGUAUUUUGGGUAACCUUCUUCACAUUCGUCCGCCAGAAUGGUGUUUUAGCAAGUGUGCAUGGCUGCAUACGAAAUUAGACAUCUAGGAUUGUAGAAGACAGAAAGUUUAGGGAUUACAUGUAACCAUACUGGAAAAAAAAUCUUCAACGAAUUUUAAAAUUGAAUAGAUAUUAUGUUUACCUAUUGUUUGCAGUCAGUCAUCAACAAAAUAGAAUUUAGUGAUUUAUUCACGUCUAACUUGGUAAUAGAAGGUGAAUUGAAGAGAAUAUGCAUAGGAAAAAAAUGGAAAAAAGAAACUUACAGCAUAGGCAAGUGCAGGGGAAAAUAACAUCAUCAUAAAAUAAGUAUAAACAGCCUUUCCAACUAUAAAUACUGAAGUUAUGGCUACAAGGUUCACGAAUUUCAGUGGUUGUGGCUUACCCUCUUCACUGGAGAGUGUCUUUUAUGUUAGUCUUAUACAAUGUGGUGAAUUAAGGUUCGAAUUUCAGCUAGAAGAGGUGUCCAUGUUUAGUGUCGAGGGUUACCUCCCGUGGAGAGAACUUGUGGGAAAUAAAAAAGUGGCUUCUAGGCUCUGAGAAAUUGAACAGAUACAACUUCUGGAAAUUUUAAUCAAACUUUCAAUGGAAUCUGAUUCAAGGACAAUUUUCAUCGAUACUUGGUUAUCUACACCGCUUUGCCAGUCAAUUUUUUUUUCUUUUUCUACUUAUUUUAUUUAUGUUGAUAAUUUAAAUUCCAAUCUUGGUUUUGGGCCGACCUUAGUUCAAUUGUGAUUAAUGGGACAUAGCAGAGACAGUUCUGAGUCUGACUCUAGCUAUAUCCCUAACUAAAUUAGUUACACAAUUUAGCUUUCUUUGAAGUCUUGUACUAUAAGUUAA